AUGGACGUUGAUAUAAAAUAAGGUCGUUUAAAAGCAGUCCGAAAGAAUGGAUUGAUUAAUGGGGUUAAUUGUCAUUAAUCAAUAAGUUGGAUAUACUGUCUGUUUGAUAUAGUAAUAGGAUAUGUGUUUGCAUUUGAAUUUAAACAUUCUGGAAUUAGAGUAAUUAAUGUAAUAAUGUAGGAACUUUAAUUGAUAUUGCUUACUGUAAUAGUUACUUGUAUAGUUUAUUCAUGUCUUAGAGCUACAUUGAUUGAUCCAACAGAUUCAGUAGUUAAAGAAGAGAAAUUAUCAAAACUACAAGGGUAAAUUGAAUAAUUAAUAUUCAAGUAAAGAAUAUAAAACUGACAUUAAAUCAUAUUGUUUAGUUUGUUAAGCACAUAUAUAAGAAAAGUCUAAACAUUGUUGGAAUUGUAAUAAGUAAAAAAUAAUAUUAUUAAUUAGGUGUGUUUCUAAAUUCGAUCAUCAUUGUAUUUGGUUAAAUAAUUGUAUUGGAGAUUAAAACUAUUCUUAUUUCUUUCUAUUAGUAUUAUCUUUAGUAGCACUCAAAAUAUUUAAAUUAGGAUAGGAUAUUAAAUUACUUUAUUAGCAAACUGAUUUUCAGAUUUUAGUUUAUAUUUGUGUUUCAGUAGAUCCUCCAGUAUUAAUUGUUUUAGUAUACUUAUUAUCUAUGCAUUUAUAUUUUAAGUAAUUAAAUAUCCUAUUUUUAGAUGGAACUAAAUAUCUACCUAUGAAUAUAUCAAAUCUAAAAAAGAUGCUUAAGAUAAAAAAACUAAAACAUAAAACUUAUAAUAAAAGUAAAUUUAAAAUGAAAGCUCUACUGGUUAUGGAUAAUUAUUAUCAACUUCAAAACGUUUUGAUUUAAAAUCACAAUUAUCCUUAAAAACUGGGGAUUCUAAAAAAUCUAAUCCAAACUUUUUCUCUCAUAAAUAAGAUGAAGAAAAGAAAGCUAAUUAAUAAACAUAAUAAUAAUUUACAUAAAUUCCAAGUUUAUUUACUUCUAAACCUACAACUCCUGGAAAUGAUUAAGAUAAAAAAUAAUAAGUUUCAUAAUUCUCAAAACCAAAAGAUCUCGAUGAUUUAAAAGAUAAAUAAAUACAUAAUCAAGUGAUAGCUGAAGAUUCUGAACCAUAAUUAAAUGAAAGUUCUGAUGAUGAUGAUGAUAAUGAUAAUCAUCAUCAUUAUUAAAAACCUCAUCAUUGUCCUCAUAAUAGUCAUAGUUCUGUUUUAAAUUAUAACAAUUUUGAAUAAAUAAAUUGCAAAAUAGAAUAAUUUAAUAAAAAAGAUAUAAUAAUUAAAUAAGAAAUUGAAAUCAAUCCAGAUAAACUAUCUGAUGAUUAAGAAGGAUUAUCAAAUUAGUAAUCUCUUCAUGCUGAAAAAUCUCCUCAACCUUCUAAAUGUUAUAAAUUUCAUUUAGAAAUAUAAGGAGAUUCAAAAAUUAAUAUAUCAAAUAAUAAAUAACAUUUAAUAGCUGAUAAUUGUACUCAAUGA